AUGGACUCGCUCUCCAACCUGCGAAACAGCCUCGACGACGCAGACUACUCUUCAAACAGACCCGAUGGCUCCGAUGCUGCGCGCGGCAGCGGCUCGCCCGACAUUGCCUCGCUCGAGCGCAAGCGGCGCCAGCGCCACCUCGACGACCACGAGCAGGAGCUGACCAAGCAGUUCAAGGCCGCCGCACUCCAGCUCACCACCCUCUACCGCUCCUCGCUCUCGUCCAACACAUCUUCCUACGAAGCCGGCUACCGACAUGCGCUCAGCCACAUCCUCGAGCUCGUCCAGAGGCCACCCGCAGCCGCCGAGGAUCCCGAAGGCCCUCAGCAGCAGCAGCAGCAGCAGCAGCAGCAGUCCGAGGCGCUCGACAGCCUCUCGCCUGAACAGGGCAUCCAACGACUACGAUGGCUGGCAGGCUACCUGCAGAGGAGGAUCGAGGCCAUGAGCACCCAGGACGACGACGACGACGCAGGCGCUUCCAUGCCAUCGAGACCGUCCCCUGCGGCAACGCAGACACAGCAGCAGCGUCAAAGCAGCAGACCAGCUAGGUUCGAGGGCGCCGAUCCCAUCUCCGGCCAGAGGCAUGGCCAGCAGCACUCCGGCGCCCCUUCGCCCUUGGGCAACACGGCAGCGCUUCCAUCACCGCCCGCUUCUUCCGUCAGGUUCGGCUCCCAUCCCGCCAGCUCAUCAAACUCUCCGGCACCUCGUUCGGGGUUCGGCACACCGAUCCCGCCGGCGACUGCUCCCACCGAUAGCGAAGCUGCCCCUGCCGCCAGCGCACGGACGUCGGUACGCCCUGCCUCGAGCGGAAACACGUUUCCAGGUGGUCGGUCAGCCGAAGCAAGCUCUUCUGCAACGGUGUUGAGCGCUCCUUCCACGAAUCCACCCACCCCUUCCAACCUUGGCGGCGGCGGCGGCUCGGCAGGUACGAAGCGCACGCGCGGCGAGAGCAGCACCGGCGGCAUCGUUUCCCACCUCAACGAUGGCGAUGGCAACGAUACGACAGGACGUUCGAGCGCUGCUGCCGAUCUGAACAGCGCCCAUCGGCGUCGUAUCGGAGGCCGUAGGACAGCAUCCGGCCUCGCGGCGGCCUCGUCCUCGUCGGCUUUCGGACCCAGCCACGCUGUGCCCGGUUCCAUCGGUCAUGUCGAAGGACCUUUGCCGGGCCUGCUGCCGCCGUCGCUGCGGUCCGGCAGCUUCGAUUUCAAGCUGCCUCAGUCGGUCGGCGUGCGCAGCGUUGACUUCUCGCACAACGGGAUGGCGGCUGCGGCAGCAGCGGCCACCGCGGCCAAGCUCAACGCUGGGCGGAGGCAAGGCGGCGGUGCAGCUCCAGGGUCGACCAGCACCAAGCGGGGCGGAUCGCACGGGACGGCCGUGUCAAGCGUCCGUCGCGGACGGUCCGGCAGGUUGCGGCUGGCCGGCGGUCUGAGGGCGGGAACGACGGCGCAUGCCUCGACCUCGGGCGAGCACGACAUGGCGACCGACAGCGACGACGACUGGGUCGACGACGACAGCGAGCAGGAGGGUGGCGCAUCGGCCCCAUCCGCAGCGGCGAGCGGUGCCGUUUCCAAUGGCGGCAGGCAUGCGCACUCUCGAGGAGGUGGCCGGGCCAAGCGACGAAGGACGGCGCGUGCGCCAGACGCCUCCAACACUGAGCCCGAUGGCGACGAGGCGCACCGUGGCGGAGACCACGAGGCGGGCGACAUCGACAUGUGA